AUGAAGGGAAGGGAACAAAAGCUUGCAGAGGGUAAGGAAUCUAUUAAAGGCCAGAGAGUCCUAGAAUCUGGAUUCAAACCCAGUACUUACUGGCCCCAAAGCCUGGGCUAUCUGUACUUCAACAUUGGCUUGAGUAUGCUCAGUGCCAUUAGUGCUGAGUGCUGUCUGUCUGUCCUGUGGCCUAUCUGGUACCACUGCCACUGCCCUAGACACACGUUAGCUGUCAUGUGUGCUAUACUCUGGGUCCUGUCCCUGCUGGUUAGCACCUUGGAAGGAUACCAGUGUCACCAUCUAUUUAAUGAUUUUGAUUAUUUUUGGUGUCAGGACUCUCCUGAGGAAGAUGAAUGUGGAGACAGCCUUUCUCAGGAAGCCCUGGAGAUGUCAGGCAGCAGGGGAGUUGGUGAUAAAGAUCAGACAGAUUGGCUCUGA